AAUGUAGUUUGCUUUUUGAGCGUGCGGGCAUCCAUUUUUUUCUGUUUUGAAGUGUUUUGUCUCUCGAAAGAAAGAACGAAUUCAGAGCUCCAAAGAUAUCCUCAAAAGGAAAAAGAAAGAAAUCGAGUAUUUUCACGAGUGUCAAGAAAAGAAAAACUGAAUUCGAAAUGAACUCGGGGAGUGACCGAGGAGCAGAUGGGGAGCUGCCAUCGACGUCCAAGCGUCAAUCCCAAGAUGGCGAAGGACAACCUCCCAAGAGACGCCGGCCGGAGGACGGAGGUGCGUCGGAGACGGACCUGAUGGGGUACACCGCGUUGCAUCGUGCAGCAAUGUGGGGAGACACGAAGAGGAUCAGGGCGCUGCUGGACGGAGCAAUGGACACGAGGGCGAGGGAUCGGAAUGGAAAUAUGCCCCUCCACCUGGCUCUGUUGUGGGACAAGGAGGCCGCGGCAGAGCUGCUGGUGGACGCCGACUGCCUCACGGAUGUCGUGGAUGACAACGGGGGCACCCCUCUGCAUCGCGCUGCCAAGAGUGGGUUCGUGAAUGUCAUCCGUACGCUGCUCGCGGCCGGAGCAGACGCAGUUGCGAAAGACGGAGAUGAACGGACGCCCCUCCAUCACGGCGUGUUCUGGGGGAAUGAGGCCGCGAUGGAGGUGCUGCUGGAGGCCGCCCCCGAAUGCGACGGGCCGGACUGUCAUGGCUGCACCCCCCUGCACUACGCUGCGAGAAGAGGUUUUGUAAGGAUAGCGAGAGCCUUGGUGUCGAGGGGUGCGCGCUUGAAGGCUAAAGAUGUAAAAGGAUACUGUCCCCUGCGCCAUGCCCUGUGGUGGGGACAAGACGGUGUGGCGAGGGUGCUCCUGGCGACGUACGCCUGGAGGACAUUCGAGGUACAUUGGGAAGAGAUGCAGCUCUCGAAGGAUAAGGAGAAGCGCGGCGUCCGGCUGCUCUCCGAGUGCGAGGCCGAGAUGAGGGAGGCCCUGACGGAGGGGUCCCGCCUCUCCCUCCGCGACCUCGCCCGCCGACACCCCUCCCGCCUGACCCGGCGCCUCUCCGACGAGGCGAUCCGGCGGCUCUCGGACCGGGACCUCCUGGCGCGGGACUUCCCGCUCUUCGGCGACCUCCUCCUCGUCCGGCUGGGGGAGGUCCGGGAGAGGAAGGCCCUGGAGGACCGCUUCCUGCGCUGCUUCCCCCUCCUCUGCCCGCCCCUGCCCCCCACCUGCACCGACGUCCUCCUCGCGUGCCUGGCAGACGACGACCUGAGGAUAUCCUCAAAAGGAAAAAGAAAGAAAUCGAGUAUUUUCACGAGUGUCAAGAAAAGAAAAAUUGAAUUCGAAAUGAACUCGGGGAGUGGCCGUGGAGCAGAUGGGGAGCUGCCAUCGACGUCCAAGCGUCAAUCCCAAGAUGGCGAAGGAGAACCUCCACAACCUCCCAAGAGACGCCGGCCGGAGGACGGAGCUGCGUCGGAGACGGAUUGGUUCAGGCGGACCGCGUUGCAUCGUGCGGCAUUGAGCGGAGACACGCAGAGGAUCAGGGAGCUGCUGGAAGGAGGAUGGAACACGAGGGCGAGGGAUCUGAAUGGAAUGACGCCCCUCCACCUGGCCCUGUUGUAUGAGAAGGAGGCCGCGGCGGAGUUGCUGGCGGACGCGGACUGCAUCACGGAUGUGGUGGAUUUCUACAAGCGCACCCCUCUGCAUCUCGCUGCCGAGUGUGGGUUCGUGAAUGUCGUCCGUAUCCUGCUCGCGGGAGGGGCGAAUGCAAGUGCGAAAGACAGAAGUGAAAGCACGCCCCUCCAUUUUGCCGUGAUCUCUAGGAUGGAGGCCGCGGCGGAGGUGCUGCUGGAGGCCGCCGCCGAAUGCGACGGGCCGGACAUGGAAGGCCGCACCCCCCUGCACUACGCUGUGAGAGAAGGUCUCCCGCGGAUAGUUCAAUCUUUGCUGUCGAGGGGUGCGCGUUUGAAGCUUAAAGAUAGAGAUGGACACUGUCCCCUGUACUUGGCCCUGUGGUGUAGACAAGACGAUGUGGCGAGGGUGCUUCUGGCGACCUACGCCUGGAGGAAUAUCGAGGUACAUUGGGGGGAGAUGGGGCUCCCACAGGAGCAAAAGGAGCGCGGCGUCCGGCUGCUCUCCGAGUGCGAGGCCGAGAUGAGGGAGGCCCUGACGGAGGGGUCCCGCCCGCCGACCCCCCUCCCGCCUGGCCCUGCGCCUCUCCGACGAGGCGAUCCGGCGGCUCUCGGACCGGGACUUCCUCCUCGUCCGGCUGCGGGAGGUCCGGGAGAGGAGGGCCCUGGAGGACCGCUUCCUGCGCUGCAUCCCCCUCCUCUGCCCGCCCCUGCCCCCCACGUGCACCGACGUCCUCCUCGCGUACCUGGCGGAGGACGACCUGAGGCACUUCGCCCGGGCCGAGGAGCUCUAGUCCCCGGCGAAAAAGAAAAUAAAGAUCAGGACUUGAACUGUAUGAAUCUUUUGUUUUUGAGUGUGCCCGAGAUAGUUGACUGA